UUUUUAUUUACAUCUGUCCAAAACAGAACCAAGAGAUUAAGAUCGUCAAACAACGAAUUUCUUGUUGCAUCUAUCACAUCACCAUGUACCAAAAUCCCAUACAUUCAGGAUGAAAUUUUUCGAAGGAGGAAAAUAUUCCUACAUUGCAGUGGCAGCAGCCGACCUUUUGUCGUUCAUUGUCGGUACUGCUUCGGCCUGGUCAUCACCCGUCAUCCCAAAACUCCAAGCACUUUCUGAUAACCCUCUAGGAAGACAAAUCAGUCAGGAUGAAGCAUCGUGGAUUGGGUCACUUUUAUCGAUGGGUGGAAUUGUCAGUCCGUUGAUUUGGGCUUAUCUGGUACAAAAAGUAGGCAGAAAGAUUUCUGGAAUAGUCGUAGUCAUACCGUUUCUUGUGGCAUACUUAACCUCGGCAUUUGCCGAAACCAUAGAGCUCUACUAUUUUGGUCGAGUCCUGAUGGGAAUAGGAAUUGGGGGUAUGUUUUGCGUUUUGCCUAUCUACGUGGUGGAAGUAGCCGAAGAUGUAAACCGAGGGUUAUUAGCUGCCUCUACAGGGUGUUUUCUAGUAGCAGGGAUGCUUUUCUCAUAUAGUAUAGGCCCUUUCGUUUCUAUAAUGGCAUUCAACUUGAUUCUCACAGGCGUCGUCCUUGUUUAUAUUCCAGCGUUUUGGUUCUUCUCGCCCGAAACUCCCUACUAUCUGGUUAGAGAAAACCAAGACCAGAAAGCACUAAAAUCGCUUCGAUAUCUCCGUCGCCGACCACUCGCAGAUCUGGAAGAAGAACUAACCCAAAUUAAGAAAUAUCUAGCUUCAAUGACCGAAGGUACUUUCUUGGGUAUCUUUCAAACCAAAGCCAGUAUUAAAGCGUUCAUUUACAGCGUCGCUUUAACCACAUUUCAGCAAUUUUCAGGCAUCAACGUUAUCUUCUCUUACAUGCAAAACAUUUUCGAUUUGACAGGGAGUGACAUCGCCCCCGAAAUCUGUUCAAUUAUUGUCGCCUCAGUUCAGUUGGUUUCGUCAUUCAUGUCUCCACUACUCAGUGAUAAAGCCGGCAGAAGAACUUUGCUUCUCGUGAGUAUUACAGGAGCCACGAUUUGUGAAGUCGUCUUAGGUGUGUAUUUUUAUUUGCAAGAUAAUGACGACGACGUGUCAGGAAUUGGUUGGCUGCCGGUGGUUUCUUUGGUAGUGUUCAUGAUGUUUUACAAUUUUGGAAUGGGAUCUCUCCCUUGGGCUAUCAUGCCUGAAAUUUUACCAUCGAACGUCAUUUCUAAAGCUUCGUUGAUUGUGACUUGUAUUUACUGGUUCGUAGGGUGGAUUUUGACGCAGUAUUUCGCGGAGUUGAUGGAAGCCGUGGGCGGUGCUGGAUCUUUCUGGUUGUUCUCUGGGUUUUGCGUUUUGUUCGAUUUGUUUGUGUUUUUCUUCAUUUUUGAAACCAAGGGCAAGAGUUUACAAGAAAUUCAGCAAAUAUUGAGUAGGUGAUUUAUGUUUUUAAUAACCGAAGUGAUUGUAUUUUUUUAAUUUUGUAUAUACAUAUUGUGUAGGACUGAUUUUAAUAAAAUUAGUGUAGAUAUGGA